AUGGAGAAGGAAGACUCAACUGUGGAAGAACUAGUGGGUUCUCCGGCUCCUGAGAAUGUGAAGGAUGUAGAUGCACCCGAGGAGGAAGAUCAUAGCAUAGAUACUCUUACUAAGAACGAGUUAUCAGAUGACGAAAUGGUGGGAACUCCUACUGAUACCAACGAAGAACGCCUGGAAAAGGCGCCUGAAAUUCAUGAAGAAGAUAAGGAUGUAGAAUCUUCAACUGUGAAACAUUUGUUAAACAAUGAACUUGAGGAAAUUACAGCUGAUGGCCAGGAGCUGGCAUCUGGCAUUCAUAGAGUAGACCAGGAAAUAGAAACUUCUAGUAAGAGCCAUUUGGUGGAUGGUGAAAUUGAGGAUACUGCAACUGAUAUGGAGGUAAGAGGUCAAGAAGAGGAUGAUUCUACUCAUAGUAGCACAUCCUCUUCUCCGUUCCAGCUCUCAAAUUCUAAAAACUCGAUCGAUACUCUCACUGGUGAACCAGAUAUUCAGAAGGAAGGCCAGGAGAAGGAAAAUUCUAUAACUGAUACUAUACUUGGUUCUACUGCAACUGAUAUUGAGAUAAGGAGUCAGGAAGAGGAUAAUUUUACUGAUAACGAUACAUCCUCUUCUCCAAUUCAGCUCUCAAAUUCUGAGAAUUCAGUCGAUGCUCACACUGUUGAAUCGGAUAUUCAGAAGGAAGACCAGGAAAAACAUAAUUCCAUAAAUAAACCUACGGUUGAUUCUACUUCUGAAGAGGGUGAGAUAUUGGAUAACAUGAAGGAUAAGGAGGAUAGGGAACCCUCCUCUGAAAUUAUCACAGUCAACCAUCACUCUGGUGAAAAGAUGGAAAUGGAGAUGCGUCAUGUUCAGGAAGAAUCUGAAGAUGAAGCUUCUAUGCACAUAAAACCGAAGGAUGUUAGCCAUGCCACUUCUGUAGAGUAUGGUGAAAAGAUAGGUGAUGACUUGAAUGAUCGGCAGGGGAUCGCUGAAAAUUCCUCCUCUGAACAAACAGGGGAUAUCAAAACGGACGUCAAGGAUAAUACUUCUAGCAAGGAGGAAGAAAGCUCUAUACGUAAUGGAAUUCGGGAACCUGAGGUGGAAGCUAACAGUGCUGCUUGGCCUGGAAAGGCUGCAGCUCUCACAAAUUUUGUAAAAUUGAAGAGCUUAUUGGCAGUCUCCAACGUUUUCCGUCGUCUUUCUAGAAGAGUUGAUGGACAUAAUGAUCCUGAUGAUAAAGACAAGGAUAUUAACAGUGAAAACAAGAAUGAUAAGGAGGUAAAUUCAAGUGAAGGAGAAAGCCAACUAGUCAGUCAGACAACACUAGAGAAACGUGGAUGGAGAGCUCUAAGCUUUAUUGGAAUCUCACUUGAAAAGGAUCAGGGAAACAAAGCUGAGUUAAAGGAGGUGGCCCUUGAGUCACUCGACUCAAUAGCAAUGAAAGGAAGAGUUGUAUUAUAUACGAGGUUAUGGUGCCAAGAUUGCAAAGAGGCAAGGCUAUUUUUACGUAAGAGAAGGCUCAGGUAUUCUGAAAUAAACAUAGAUGUAUACCCUAGUAGAAAACUGGAGCUAGAAAAGAUCACUGGCUCUUCAGAUGUCCCCGCAGUGUUUUUCAAUCAGGUCCUUAUUGGAGGGUUGAAUGAGCUAAAGGCUUUGGAUGAGUCUGGUCAGCUUAAGGAGAAAAUACAAUAUGUAACUACCGAAGGGCCAUCACCUAAAGCUCCUCUACCACCAUUUUCAGGCGAAGAUGAUGUGUCUAGUAGCGGUGUUGUAGAUGAACUAGCAGUUAUAGUCAGGAAUAUGAAGGAAUCGAUUGUUGUUAAGGAUCGAUUUUAUAAAUUUCGCAGAAUAACCAAUUGCUUUCUGGGUUCAGAAGCUGUAGAUUUCUUAACAGAAGAUCAAUACUUGGAACGAGAAGAGGCUAUUGAAUUCGCCCGCAAACUUUCUAAGGAACUUUUCUUUCGGCAUGUUCUUGAUGAGAAUACUUUUGAAGAUGGGAAUCACCUUUACCGAUUUUUGGAUCAAGAUCCUGUAAUAAGUCAAUGUCAAAACAUUCCAAGGGGUAUUAUUCAACUGAAGCGACAGCCUCUUGUACAACUUUCUUAUAGGCUAAAAUGUUUGCUAUAUGCCAUUAUUGAUGCCUAUACGUCAGAGGAUGGAAAGCGUGUUGAUUAUAGAACCAUCCAUGGGAGUGAGGAGUUUGCAAGGUAUUUAAGGAUUGCAGAAGAACUUCAAAGAGUUGACCUCAAUAGAAUGGUCAAGGAGGAAAGACUUGCCUUCUUUAUCAAUCUAUACAAUCUGAUGGCUAUUCAUGCAAUACUCGUGUGGGGUCAUCCCGAAGGAGCAUUGGAUAGAAGAAGAUUGCUUAAUGACUUCAAAUAUGUUAUUGGUGGGUGUGCAUAUUCGCUUUCAGACAUUCAUAAUGGCAUUUUAAGAUCCAACCAGAGGCCACCAUAUACUCUCAUCAGGCCAUUUGGUAUAACAGAUAAGCGCUUUAAGGUGUCUCUUCCCUAUCCUGAGCCUCUUAUCCACUUUGCAUUGGUUUCUGGAAAUCGAUCUGCACCUGCUCUUCGAUGCUAUUCUUCUAAAAACAUUGACGUGGAGUUGUCGGAGGCUGCUCGUGACUUCUUACAAAGUGGGGCAUUCAUACUGCAUUUGGACUCCAUGACCGUAUCAGUUACUAAAAUACUCAAAUGGUAUAGUGUUGAUUUUGGGAAGAAUGAAGUGGAGGUACUGAAACAUGCUUCAAAUUACUUGGAAGUUGAAAAGACACGAACUCUAUUGGAAUUGCUUGAUAGCACUCAAUUAAAAGUGGUAUAUCAGCCUUAUGAUUGGAGAUUGAACAGCUAACAUCAGCUGUAGCAACUCAGAUUGGAAUUGUAAACAAAUACAGGUCAAGAAAAUCCAUCCUUCAAGUUCCUUAAUUCAGCCCUCCAAUGGAAUUGCAGGUACUUGUCAUGAGAGCUCUGUUGUAAAUCUUGUUCAUAUAUACCCCCCACCCAAUUGUGAAAAUUUUAGGGGUAGGGAAGGGAGGUGUUUUCAGAAGAGGGUCUAUGC